CACACAUCUGGUCGGCUGGUUUCAGCACCUCGGACAGCGACCUCUCCGAUAGGCUGGAUCCGAGACAGCGACUGCAGCAGCGGCAGCAUCCCGGCCGGCCGCAGCCAAUCAGAAGGCGUCAUUUCUCUCCCACAUCCAACCCGAAUAACUGCAGAUGCCCGCACUAAAGCGACGGGUCUCUCUCUCUCCUCUCUCUCUUUACAUCGCUUAAGCCGCUGUCUAUUUUUGGAAUUCGUAGUGGCCAUCUUUUCUCUCCCUCUCUCUCGGUAUUCUCCGCCUUUGUUUUGGUUUAUGUUUUCGGAGCGAUAUGCGCCGCUCGAUGUUUGUCUGAGCGAGGGUCGUGAGCAUCGUAGCGGGACGUUAAUAGCCGCGGCCGGGUAGAUUUUCGGCUCUCAAUGGAAGACAUCUUCCUACUCGCUGCGAGCGAGGGAGUGAAGCACAUUUCGCAUCUGCUUCGCAUCUGUAUUCCCGUCGACGAGCGAGGGACUUUCUAUAAAUGAAGGCUUGAAAACCGGGAGACGGCCUGUAACGCUGGUACAUCACCGGGGACCGACCGUUUUAACGCCCCCGGACCCCUGGACAGCUCGGUGUGGAAACCGAGCAGAACGGGUGGGAAGCGCUCUCACAUUUUGACCGCAUUUGCACAGCAGCAAGGGGAUCAAGGUGUGAUAUAUGGAUUCCACAAGAAGAGUCGAUUAAUUAGAAGGUUCGACUUCCUCCAGAGACACUUUGGUCCCCUCAAAGCUCUUUGUCUAGACCAAUCAAAGAGCUUUUCCCCUACUGCUCCUCACUCCGCCCUUCCUCCGUCCCACUGCUAACUCUCACACAGGCAUCAUGGGUACGGUGCUGUCGCUGUCUCCCAGCUACCGCAAGGCGGUGCUGUUCGAGGAUGGCCCUGCCACUGUAGGCCACUACACAGCGGUCCAGAACAGCAAGAACGCCAAGGAUGCCGCAGCAGCAGCCGCAAAGUCCCUCAAACGGCCCUCUAUCAUCAAUGUGUUGCCAUGGAAACGCAUCGUGGCCGUAUCUGCGAAGAGGAAGGGCUCCAAGAAGCUGCAGUCAGACAUCGGGGACGGUGGGAAAGGGAACUCACCGGAUGGCCAUGGCACUGCCAUGGCCAACUCAGCCUCCAAUAGCCUGAAGCUGAAGAAGUCUCAGUCCUGUGCUAACCUUUCAUCUUACACAUCCAGCCAAGACCCCUCGGCCACUACCACCACUACCUCCUCCCAGCUGCCCACUUCCAAGACCCUGGCCAACGUAGUUACUGUUGCUGCCAAAAAGAAUUCCCUGACAGGCUCCGGGAUCCAGCCGUCUACUGCAGCCGGCACGCCAAAACGUGUCAUCGUCCAGGCAUCCACCAGUGAACUGAUGCGUAGCCUGGGCGAGUUCCUGUGCCGUCGGUGUUACCGACUGAAGCGUCUAUCCCCGACAGAUCCUGUGCUGUGGCUGCGCAGCGUGGACCGCUCCCUCCUCCUACAGGGCUGGCAGGAUCAGGGCUUCAUCACACCGGCCAACGUGGUCUUCCUCUACAUGCUGUGCCGCGACGUGGUCUCGUCUGAGGUGGCCUCAGAGCGCGAGCUGCAGGCCUCACUGCUCACCUGCCUCUACCUGUCCUACUCCUACAUGGGCAACGAGAUCUCCUACCCACUGAAGCCCUUCCUGGUCGAGGCAGAGAAGGAAGCCUUCUGGGACCGCUGCCUGGAGAUCAUCAACCGCAUGAGCGGCAAGAUGCUCCAGAUUAACACCGACCCGCACUUCUUCACCCAGGUGUUUGCUGACCUGAAGAACGAGAGCAAGAAAGAGGAGGAGAAGACCAAACUUCUCAUAGGCCUUGACCGAUAAGAAGGGGCUGGGAGGGGGGAAGGAGGGAAGGAUGGAUAGAAAGAUUGAUGGAGUUAGGAGGUUGAGGACAGGUGGACUAAUGUAAUGCAGUGUAGCGAUACCUUGGAGCUGUACUGUUGUCUGGCGUCUCUACAGGUUUAUCAUUAAUCAAAUCAUUAACCUGUUUGAACAAAGAGCUUCUGGCAUUAAACAUAGCAUUUAAAUCCUUUGAGUAGGGUAAUGAGCCACCUAAACACUAACUGGCUUACACCAGAGGCAGAUACUGAACUGCAGUGUCUCACCUGAAGGCAGUAACUGGCCUACAGAUCACCUUUAUGACAACAAAGCAGAUAAAAUCAGGGUUACUGUGGUGCUGGCCACAACAUAAGGCUCAUUAUUUGAUUUGAUUGGAUCUGAUUAAAUUCACAAAACUGACAGGCUACUUGUUGCCUGGGUCAGUCGGCUCAGGAUGCAACAAUAAAAAGGCAAUAAAGAGAUAUGAGUCGUUCAAGAACAAUGUAGCUGACAAAACAGAUGGAGGCUAUGUUUUUAUCAAAUGCCUGGCUAGCAGGGUCGGUGAUGUGACAUUAACAGGCUGUGAGAAAGAUAGCCAUCAUUUGUAUCUGUUGCCUCAGGCCCAGAGACAUGCAUCCGUCUGACCUGUACCUUGUUUCAGUGAGAUACGAAAUUAUAUCUGAUUGAUCUGAAGUCAUUUUCUGUCUUUUCACAGAAAUGAAUGGGUUUAGAAACGCCAGACAACAUAGAUUCACUCAUUUAGGCUAGAUAUUAUAAAUAUAAAGACACAGGACAUUGAUACGAUUAUAUUGUGUGAUAGCAUCCAGGCAUCUUCGCUAUAGAGAAAUGUCAGGGUAAUGGAAAAACCAUCUUGCAUGAGGUCACUUCAUAUCUCCUUGCACAUGUCCACCUGCUUAUUGCCAACUCCACUUUACCUUAUUCCUAUUGUCCUGCCCACGCUUAUUGCACUCACCAACACUGGCUGUGAGGUCCACUGUUGAAACUUUAUGCGCAUUAAAUAAAACCAUAUAAAUGAUGAGCUAGAAUCAACCACAACUGGUCUGCAAACUUAUCGGACUGUGAAAUUAAAGUCGCUAUUCGGCGUAAUUGUACUGUAGUGGGUUAAUCCAUUCGCAUCUUACAUAAAGUUCUGUACUUUUAAGAGAAGAUUAGGGUUUAUCCAGUCAAAUCUGCUAUGAAUUGGGAGAUCAGUUAUUUAUUUUUAAGAGUAUGAAAUGCUAAUCCCUUGGGCACAGAUUAAUAGUUGUCAAACAAGCCCUCCUGUAAGCUGUUUACAUUUACAAAAACAUGGGGAAAUGCAAUACUGACCCCUCCAGGGCAUAUUUUACACUGGGAAUUAUUUCGUUCCUUCCUGUUCCCCUGCACUUUCUCCUGCAGUCCAUAUUGGUGCUGUCCUGAAUGACCACAUGAAAAUGAAAAUGUUUUACUGAAAGAAAGAAAGAAAGAAAGAAAGAAAGAAAGAAAGAAAGAAAGAAAGAAAGAAAGAUUUCUGUUUUAAAACACUGCACUCAUGUUGUGUGCUUCAUACUGUAUGAUUGAUUGGUGGAGCUGGGUUGUGGAGGACGAGUUCUGGGUCGUAGAGGAGAUCUCAAAUAAUGGCCACAAACGUCAAAAUAAGAGAAAAUGUGAUUAUAAAACCGGAUAUAUAUAUUACAUAUAUCCGGUUUGUGUGGGCGGGGGUAGACGCUACAAGUGUAGAUGUGACUUUUCUUCCAAAACGACGCCUUGAUGUUGCUGUCGCCUCCUGGCUGGAGGGACCACCUCCGCUGUUUGAAGUGUCGCCCCCUCCUCUCCCCUCUCCCCUCUGCUCAUUACUCUCCACAGCAACAAACUAAAACGACACAGAUUCUGUCUGUCCAUCUGCUCCAGUCUGGUCUCAACCGGUCCUGUCAUGUCUGGUGCGGUCCAGUCCAAUCCAGUUGUCCCAUAUUUACAGACUCUCUGGUCUGUUGACCCGAUGGCUUACUUAUUCACCGAGUUGUUUGACAUGCAUGUGUGCUUCUAUAGGUUUCCUAGCAUGCUGCUUUGUGUUGGACACACCGCACCACAUGUUACAGAAGAGACUGAGCUGUCGCCACACUGAACUGCUGAAAGCUAGGCUCAGUGAUGUGACAUCCAGGCGACUCGGCACAAGGACUCUCUAAUGAAGGAAAUGCGUGAAAGGCUAGUUGUAUCCCUGCCUAUGCUGCACAUACAUCGAUAAAGGCGAGUCCAAGCAUCAGACCCUCAUCGGGAAGUCCGCUGUUCUUGGUUCCAUGGUGCUUAGGGGCCUGAAAGACCCCUCCAAUAUUAAACAAGGAGUUUUUAACUGGUUAUGAAUUUCAUUCUGUUGCCUCUGUCGGACCUAAAUAAACUAACAAGACCAUCACUGAGAAGAUUGGCUAUUUCUACAUACUGUAGUUAUUCUUAAUGCUUGCUACCAGUUUUAGCCUAGGUGGUCUAAACCCAAAGUCACACAAGAGUUUGAUCAUUUUGUUUGGCUAUUUAAGGGCAAUUCAGCUUUGCAAUUGAAUAAAUUUGGGGCUUCACAAGAUAUAAAGAAAUUGAAGCAGCUGGUGCCAAGAAAUCAGUACUUUUAGUUCCUAGUAUGGGAACUAACUCCAAAAAUGCUAGAUCCUACAUUUCCCAUAGGACAAGUGGAUAGCGUCUACAUGCCCCACUCCUCCAGUUUCUAACACAAGCUUUAUCUUAAAAGUUGUAAGUCUUGGGGUGCCACGGUGGCUCACCUGGUGUAGCUGGCACCCCAUGUGCCGGGGUGUGGCCCUUUACUGCGUGUCACCCCCUCUCUCUCCCCCUUUCCUGUCAAUCUUCCGUUGUCCUAUCAAUUAAAGACAAAAAGCCCCUCCAAACAAUACUCUCAAGCCCAAGCAGAGAAGACAUCAUGAGGAUUAUUUUUUUAAACUUUGGAAAGCUCCCUCCAGAGCCAUCGAAGACCAGCUGAACUUCAUGUAAAAAAAUCAACGGUGUGCCUCAAGAGAUUCCCUGUCUUGAUGAUGUCACAUCACUAAGUCUAACGGUAGCCGAUAAAUUGUCUACAGUUUUAGAAACGCUCUGCCUUUUCAAACAGGGCAGAGACCUUGUGCCAUAUUGUUAUGAAGACUCCUUAUUUCAUACAAAAAAAAAAUAAAACACAAAGAAACACGAGCCAACUCAAAGUCUCUGACUGCUGAGCAAGAAAGACUAUAAAGGAACCCUGGAUAAGCUUUUCAUGAUGUUGCUCUGCUGUGUUAGAGAUGUGGACCAUGAGAGAGAGACUUUGUUCAGGUGGCAAGGAUGUGAAGUCCAAAUAGAAAGCUUGUGAUUUUAAUACACAGUGAAGUUUUAUGUGUCACUUUGCAAAAUGUAAGCCAAAAUUGGAGUCAUCCAGAGCUGGAGCAUUCAGCAUUCUGUUGGUGAAUUUAUAAUUUUUGAAAAAUUAUAUUUGGCCUGCUCUCUUAGACGAUAAAAAACUGAAAAAACAGUCCCCUAUUUACUUAAAAGACAUGGGGAAUGGGAUUUUAAAAACUUUUAAAAACAGAAUAUUAUGCCUGUUUCCAGACUGGGUGUCUCCACGAUGCAGGUGGUGUUUUAACUCUGGUUGUGUUUUGUGUUCAGAUGAUAACCGAUCGGGCUGCAGUAGGUACCAUGCUGUAAAAAUAAUGUAGCCUUGAUGCAGAGUCAGACCUCAUGAGACAAAUAUGCACAUGAAGAAUGAAUCCAUGGCUAAGAAACUUGUUUACACGUCUUUCCUGAUAGCUGUUUCUGAUGGGUUGAACAGUAUACAAGUAGCAUUUCUCUGAAUGACGUUCCCAAGACGACUGUUGUAUGAUCUUUUUUUUCUUAAUUUGUUGUUACCUAAAGACCCAAACUGCAAGUAGUAGGUUUGUAUGGAAUUAUAUCAGAGCAGGUUAAUGGACGAAAGAAAUGUAGAAAGGUGACAAGUUCUCCUUUCCAUGGCAAGUGACAAACUGUCAAGUCAUGGUGAUAAACAUAAAUUUGUGGUUUUUGUACAAUACAAUGAUUGGACCAUCACCCAGAUUCAGUAGAGGAAUGAUCAUUUUUUAUGUUGCAAUCAAGAGAUGCUACCUGAUAUGGAUUCUCUGUGGUAAAUCUGAAAGUUUAACUGACUGUUUGCUAAAUCCCACCAACUUUUGUUUUAUGUCGCUACACCUGUCAGGCUUUCUGUUCUCACACAACACACACAGUUAAACGACUGAACGGAAGAUUUAUGAUGACUGAAACUAUAGCUACUGGAUUUUAGAUAGAGGUAGACUAAAGUUAGUCACUCAUUCCUAGCUGGAAACAGUCAGUUUUGUUUUGCCUGGCAGAUUUUAUCAACUGUGGCUAGCUAAUUAAGCUAAUGCUAGCUCAGUAUAUUGCAGACAUUUUCUUUUUUCCAGCUGAGUCAUUUUAAAAUGAUGUGAAAGGGCUCUUAAAUAUGCACCUGUUGGCUACAUACGUGAUAUUUUGCUAAAGCUAGCAGGUCCUGGGCAAAAACCUAGCAUCCUCACCAGCGAUGUUCCAUGUAGAAGACAUAGAAAAUAAAGAAACAGUGUAGAGCUAGUUAGUCCUAAUAUUGUAAAUGUAAAAAUGUUUGCGUUUUUUAACGUUACAAGAGUAAAGUGUUUGGCUAACAUAACAUUAUCUGGGUAACAUCGGCUACCACUCCGUGGUUGCUGGAGUCUAAACUGCCCCAGAUCCAAUAAAGAGGAGGACAGCACUGCUAAUUGUAUGGCUUAACGUCCAGCACCAGCUUCCUCUCAGUACUACACACAAGAUGUGCAUUUAAAGAACAUGUUUUUGUAUUUAACAUGUAGCCCUAUAAACUGAUGUACUGUAUGUGCUCCUUUGCCCUGGAAGUAAAGCUGGGUUACUACUGUUGCUAGCAAGCUAGUGAGUUGGGCUUGCUAAUGAUUGCACACACUGUUCAUUUCAUUCCUUUCACUUUUGAACUCUUGAUAAGUACCUCUCUUACUACAUUACUAUGUACAUGUAGAGAAAUUCAAAGUUUGACAGGCCUGCUGUUUAUGGUUACAGUUCCUAAGAUAAUUAAAGCUGCUAACUGUUAUAAAAAUAACUUUUCGUCAUGUUUGCUGAAACUUUCCCUAUAUCCUGACAGUAGAACAUGAGACAGAUAAUCUGUGAAAAAAUCAGGUUCCUCUGGUUCCUCCUAGUGCUCCUAAUGGUAUUUGCAAGAAUCCACUGGUCCCGAACGAAAACAACCAAUCAGAGCCAAGAAAGAUAGGGAGCUUUGGGUUGGUGGCUUGAAGAUAGUUGAUUAUUGAGUUUUAUUCCCAGCAUCUGUAUUUGAAGACCUGGGAAUCAGACUCAACAAUCAUCUUUCUUGGUUCUGAUUGCUUUGUUUUUGUUCAGACCCGAUAAUUACUGUAAAUACCAUUAGGAGCUCUAGGACGAUCCAGAGGAACCUGAUUUUUUCACAGAUUAUCUGUCUCAUGUUCCAUAUAUAGUGAAAGUGUCAGCAAUAAUGACAAAAAGUUAUAUUUAUAAAAGCUAUCUACUGCAGCUUUAAACAAACAUGGUUUGAGGGAGGGAUUUAGCAAACGGUCAAUUCUAACUUACAAUUUGACACCCGAUCCUAAGUACAGUGGAUUAUUCAAUACCAUGUGGAUGUCAGAUGAUAGCUUUUGACAGUCCAGGUAGAGAGAUGGUGCAUUUUCCUGUGAAACAAAAGAACUGAGGAACAAAAGUAUUUUUGCUUCCACUUGCUCCGGUCCAUCUAGCUGUACAGGGACAAUAAAAACAAGACAAGGAAGCCAGGACAGGAACCUUUUUCUAGAAUUAAAGAGAGAAGUAUGGGUUGACUACACCCCCUCCUUUACACACUCUCAUCAUUGAUCAACUCAUAACUAUGUGCCAUAUUUUACCUUGCAACAUGUACAAGACAAAAAACUAUCGUGUAACAUAUGAAGCUUAUGAUAAUGAUUAAGUUAUUAUUGGUUUUCCUUCCUUUUCAUUUGUGAAUCAUAUUGUGAAAACAACAAUCUUUGUUGAACAAAAGUCAAGGCUACUAGUGUUACUAGAGUGCUGAUGCUGCAGUCUGUUACUAUGUGGAUGUAUGAAUAUGUAUGUGAGAAAUAUGAAUAAUUUGAUCAACUGUUACAGGUACUUUAUAUAAAAACCUUUACAAGCA